GUUGCGCUUGCAGCAAUUCUUCUUCAGAAUGCCGACUUGAUUCUAUUGGAUGAGCCCACAAAUAAUCUCGAUCUGUCGGCUAUCUUGUGGCUUCGGACGUCUAUUUUAGAAAAGUGCAAAAAUGUCACACUGAUUAUCGUGUCACACGAGAUACAUUUUUUAGAUAGCGUGGCGAAUAAGCUGUUUGAGCUGAAUGCCGCCAAGGGUUGUCUGAAUAUAAGCGGGGGUACAUAUUCAGAUUACAUCGAAAUGCGCCAGAAAGCUCAUAUGAAGUACGAGUUAGAGUACGAAUCCCGGCAGUCAGAACUAUCCCGUCUUCAGAAACAGUCGCAGAAACGAAAGGACCAGAGUGAGCGUGGCUCACAGGUAGGUUUGGCGAAGGCGUGCUCUGUCUGGCCCUCAAUUUAUCUGUAG